CACCGUUGAAGACUGCCUGUCGCGAAGGGAAACGAUUAUUAUCACUGGUUGCCAUGGCCUUGACAAUAGUUGAUAAUUUUUUUCUUUCUUUCUUUUUUUUUUUCGCUAUGCGUCAAACGGAAAGUAGACUCUGGACACUGUGGCGUUGUUGUUUAUACGCUUGUUUCACUGCCUCUAGUUCAUAGCAUAGAAAUAAUUCUGAUUUCUGCGUUUUCGAUAGAAACAUGUUGGAAAAUUCUACUUUUGCUUUUAUUAUUGCCAGCAUUAUAGUGGUUAUCACCUUUCUCAAAUGGUAUAUGAGCAGGAAUGAUGACUACUGGAAAAAGAAAGGAAUACCUUACGUCCCACGGGCCAGCUAUUACGCCAUGUGGCGCAGUUUUUCAGAGAAGGGCAUGGCUGGUGUGGCAAGAGAGAUGGGAAAGAACAACCUUGGUAGAGUAUACGGUGCCUUCGAAGGCAGUGAGCCGCAUGUUGUCGUUUCUGAUCCUGAACUUCUGCGAGAUAUCUUCAUCAAGGACUUCCACGUAUUUCCUCUCAGACGGGAUGCAUCGCUUGGCGAUCCACUCUCUGACUGCAACGUGAGCGCUUUGACGGGAGAGCAAUGGAAACGCGUCCGAACUAUCAUCACGCCCGCUUUCACUUCGAAGAGAAUGAGACAGAUGGGAUCAAUUAUUAAUGAAUGUACAAAAUCGCUCUUAGAAGUGUGCGAGAGACACUAUAAAGAAGGAAAACCAGUCGAUUGCAAAGGUUUGUUUGGCGCCUUCACCAUGGACGUGAUAGCCAAUUCUGCGUUCGGAACCCAGAUUGAUUCCCACAACGAUCCGCAGAAUGCAUUUGUGCAGCACGUGAAAAAGAUGGUGGAUGGCUUCAGCAUCUUUGUCAUGAUCCUCGCUUUGAACGCUCCGGCCUGGUUCUGGAAAUUCGUUCCGUUAUCGCUGAAUCCUGUUAGGAUUGAUCCGGACCAUUUCUUCAGGAAUGUAACGAUGAGUGUCAUCCAGAAGAGGAAAGAGACUGGCAGGAGGUACAACGACUUCCUUCAAAUCUUGAUGGAUGCUGCCGAUGAAGCCAAACGUGAGGAGCUUGCAGAACUCGCCGAGGACGAAACGGAUCGCUUUGGAAGUAUUGUGAGCGACGGGAUAGCAUUACCGGCUCAGAAAUACAAAACACUUUCUGAAAUAGAGCUGUUGGCCCAGUGUGUCCUGUUCUUCUUCGUAGGAUACGAGACGACAUCUUCUAAUCUCACUUUUUGUUCCUAUUGCCUGGCAAUGAAUCCCGAAUGGCAGGAAAAGUUGAUCAAAGAAGUAGACGAAGCUUUCGAGAAACAUGGCGAGAUGAGCUACGAUGCAGUGCGUGAUAUGAAGAUCCUAGAUGCUGUGAUAUCAGAAACACUACGGAUGCACCCACCUCUUGCAACGAAUGAGAGGACAGCUCUGGAAGAUUAUCAGAUCAGAAACACAGGGGUUGUAGUAGAGAAAGGAAUGCGCGUGGCCGUCCCCGUUCUGGCCAUGCAUUUCGACCCGGAGUUCUUUGAAGACCCCGAAACCUUUAAUCCAGCCAGGUUUUUGGAAGCACCGAAGCAUCCCCAAUAUGCUUAUUUGCCUUUUGGUCUGGGUCCCAGGAACUGCCUCGGUAUGCGAUUUGCUCAGUUGGAGAUCAAAAUCUGUCUCAGCACUCUUUUGCGGCAUUUCAGGAUUAAACCGCAUGCUUCGACAAAGGUACCUCUGGAUUACAAAAAGAAUUUUCCUCUCCUGACUGUUAACGAUCUUCCUCUCAUGUUUUCGUUUACAAUUUCUGUCGCAAUAUCUUUUAAACCUCUUCGCUUAACAAUGUUGGAAGUCAAUUCUUUCACUUGGAUUUUGGGAGCUGUUAUUGUAUUUUUUACUUUUCUGAAGUGGUAUCUAGCAAGGAAUGAUGACUACUGGAAAAAGAAAGGAAUACCAUUCCAACCACGCAUGGGCCUUUUUGCUAUGCUGCGUAUGUUUAGAAAAGAGGGCAUGGCUCCUUUUAUAAAAAGUUUUUGUAAGAAUAAUUUGGGGAGAGUAUAUGGUGCCUUUGAUAAUGGAGACCCCAUAGUCGUUGUCACCGAACCGGACUUGCUGCGGGAUAUUUUGGUCAAGGAUUUCCACAUUUUCCCAUAUAGAAGAGUAAUGGAAAUAGGCGAUCCUGUGACUGAUAAAGCCCUCAAUAAUCUGACUGGAGAACAAUGGAAACGAAUUCGAACCAUCAUUACUCCUGCAUUCACUUCGAAAAGGAUGAGACAGAUGGGAUCCAUCAUUAACGAUUGUUCAAAAACUGUUCUUGAAGUAUGUGAAAAAUUCAGCAAAGAAGGAAAGCCAGUGAAUUGCAAAGGCUUGUUUGGAGCUUUCACCAUGGAUGUUAUAGCGAAUUCUGCCUUCGGCACACAAAUCGACUCCCAUAACGACCCCAACAACGAAUUCGUAGCGAGAGUUGUGAAAGUGUUUGAAGAUUUUAACCUCUCUGGCAUGUUGCUGGUCUUUACUAUUCCUGCCUGGUUUUGGAAAUGCUUCCCAUCCAGUAUCCACCCGUUAAAAUUUGACCAGGGUGAUUUCUUUCGCAAUGUUACGAGAAAUGUCAUCAGAAAAAGGAAAGACACUGGAAGGAGGUACAACGACUUUUUGCAAAUUUUGAUGGAUGCUAUCGAUGAGACGAGCCAUGUCGAGCAUUCAGAGCUAGUUGAAGAUGAAACGGAUCGCUUUGGAAGCAUCAUCAACGAUGGGCUGUCGUCAUCUCUCAAGUACAAGAAAUUAUCAGAGACAGAAAUGCUGGCGCAGUGUGUCCUCUUCUUCUUGGUUGGAUAUGAAACCACGGCAACUAUGCUCACUUUCACCGCAUACUCUCUUGCAGUGAAUCCGGAAUGGCAAGAGAAACUGAUUAAAGAAGUAGACAAGGCUUUCCAGAAACAUGGUGAAAUGAGCUAUGAUGCCGUUCGAGAGAUGAAGAUCCUCGACGCCGUAAUCUCAGAAGCUCUACGGAUGCACCCGCCUCUGGCAUCACUGGAAAGAUCAGCCACCGAGAAUUAUGAGCUCCGGAAUACUGGCGUCGUGGUUGAGAAAGGGAUGCGGGUCAUGAUCCCUAUCUAUGGCAUGCAUUACGAUCCAGAGUUUUUUGAAGAUCCAGAAACAUUCCAUCCAGAAAGGUUUCUGGAAGAUCCAAAGCAUCCCCAGUAUGCUUACAUGCCCUUUGGGAUGGGACCCAGAAACUGCUUAGGAAUGCGAUUCGCUCAAUUGGAAAUAAAAGUGUGUCUCGCUAACUUGUUGCAUCGUUUCCGGCUUAAGCCACAUCAAACUACAAAGUGCUGGAUAUUUUUUUUAAAUACGAUGGAUAUUUCAAUUUUCUCUUGGAUAUUUGCUGGAAUUGCAGUCAUUUUGACCCUGCUCAUUUGGUACAGUGGGAGAAAUGACGAUUACUGGAAGAAAAGAGGUGUACCUCAUCUGCCGCGCAGAAAUUUCUUCGCUUCUCUAUAUUCUAUCAAGAAAAAGGGCAUGUCUGGUAUAAUAAAGGAGAUAGCCCUGUCCAAACUUGGACGAGUAUACGGCUCCUUCGAAGGCAGCAAGCCUAUCGUGAUCGUCACUGAUCCAGAUCUGUUGCGUGAUAUUCUGGUCAAGGACUUUCACGUGUUUCCUUACAGAAGAGUUUCGAAUAUAGGCGACCCCGUAGCAGACAGUAUCGUCAUGAAUCGAACAGGUGAUGACUGGAAGCGAGUUCGAACCAUCAUUACUCCUGCAUUCACCUCCAAAAGGAUGAGGCAGAUUGGUUCUAUUAUUAAUGACUGCUCAAAAUCAGUGCUGGAGGUUUGUGAGCAACACUGGGAGAAGAAAGAACCAGUCGACUGCAAAGGGUUGUUUGGUGCCUUCACGAUGGACGUCAUCUCGAAUUCUGCUUUCGGGACGAAGGUCGAUUCUCAUAAAGAUCCUCAGAACGAAUUUGUCCGAAGAGUGCGAGGCAGCUUCCUCAAGAUAUCUGUCACUAUCGUAACAAUCUUUUUUCUCAUUCCUUCAUGGGUCUUCAAAAUUGUUCCACCUAGCAUAAACCCUAUGAAAAUGGACAAAGAUGAUUUUUUUAGGGACGUCGUCAGAAGCGUUGUUGCGAAGAGGAAGGAAAAAGGAACGAGGUACAACGACUUCUUGCAAAUCAUGAUGGAUGCUGCCGAUGAAGCCAAGCGUGAAGAACAUCUAAACUUCGCCGAAGACGAAACGGAUCGCUUUGGAUCCAUUGUGAGCAACGGACUAGCACCGCCAACUCAGAAAUACAAAAAAUUGUCAGAAACUGAAUUGUUGGCCCAGUGUGUUCUCUUCUUCUUGGUCGGAUACGAAACUACAGCGACUGUGUUGACAUUCACCGCUUACUCGCUGGCAACGAAUCCUGAAUGGCAGGAGAAGCUGAUCAAAGAAGUGGACGAGGCUUUUGAAAAACAUAGUGAAAUGAGUUACGAUUCAGUGCGAGAUAUGAAGAUUCUAGACGCCGUGGUCUCGGAAACUCUCAGGAUGCAUCCACCUCUUGCGUCGACAGAACGAGCUGCUGUGGAAGACUACGAGCUCGGCAACACGGGAAUCCUCGUUGAGAAGGGAAUGCACGUCCUCAUCCCUCUUUAUGGGAUGCACUACGAUCCAGAGUUCUUCGAGGAUCCAGAAACAUUUAACCCAGAAAGGUUUAUGGAUUCCUCUGAGCCAAAGCAUCCCCAAUAUGCUUAUUUGCCUUUUGGAAUUGGACCAAGGAACUGCCUUGGGAUGCGAUUCGCCUUGUUAGAAAUAAAAGUCUGUCUUGCUAAUCUUCUGCGUCGUUACAGGCUUAAACCACAUUCGUCUACCAAAGUACCUUUGGAAUAUAAGAAAGGACUUGUGCUUCUCACUGUAACCGAAUUGCCACUAAUGUUAGAGAAAAGGAUGGAUGUGAAAUAAACGAAGAGGAAACAAAAAAGGAAGAACAAACUCUCUUGUCUUCGACGCUUCUAUCAAUGAACUUUUUAAUUUGCAAUGUUUAACAUCUCAUGUACAUUGUAUUAAAUAAUUCAUUUCGGCCUUCUAAAAAUCCCAAUCUUUCUUCAUUUUAAAUUCUUUGAAUGAUGUACAGGAGCCACAUAGUUUUAAUUAUAUAGUUACGAGAUAAUGAACGUAAAAUAUAAAUAAAAAUACUUAAUAUUUGCGUUGUUGGGUUAUCUCCGCCUUGAAAAUAUAAAGGAAUGUGAUAAAUAUUUCGAUUGUAAAGUUCUUGAGCUUCAUUGACAUUCCGAAAACAUUCAAAAUAUUAAUACCACCAUUUUUAAGUUUGUACACAAAUGAUUAGAAAAAUGAAUCAUAAAUACGAAUAAAUUGAAUUUAUCACAUGUGUAUAUAAGAGGUCGAAUUGGACUUUGAAGUAAUUUCUUGAAAACUCAUAUAUAAUUAUUCAUUAAAAUUGAAGCUAGAUUUUGUUCCCUGUCAGGAUCUUGAAAUAUUAUCUCAUAGAAAUGAUUUUGUACCAUCUUAAAGUUCAAAAAAAAAAAUAUUUUUUUAGUGACAUCCUUUUUUUCGCAAUAUAUUCCUUCACUCUGAAUAUAUUUUCAUGUAAUAUUUGAAUCAAUCCCUUUUUUUUUUU